AAUGAGGGAACACGUAGUUGAGACGAACCAUAUAAAAUGAGGGGCUGCUUAAUCAAGACAGAUCAUCUCAAGACUGGAGAAAUGAAAGAAUUCCAUUGCUUGAAUAAAAAGUGCAGCAGUAUGUAGCGAAAGGUAUGCCCUUCAGUGGGGUUUACACGACUCGUAGGUAUGACAUUUGGUAGUGCAACUUUGUUCAUUUUUCAAACAUGAAGGUUUCCGUGAAGUUCUUGAAGGCCUGGCUGUGGCUAGCGAUGGCUUACCAGGCCUGCGUUGUAGAGGUGGAAGGUCUGUCAUCUCCAGCAACAACGGUCAUUCCUGAAACGCUGCCCACUACUCCUGCCAUUCCUGAUGCUGUCCACGAAGACGCUGGUUCUGCUUCACUGCCACAUGCGGGUCAUGCAAAGCCCCUGACGGGGGUGCUGAAGCAAGAAAUCACGAACGUCGGGAACAUCACAAAGAUCGACGUCAUUUGUCCACACCUGUCGCCUUCGUCAGGUGCAUUGGAUGGGGUUCCCACCCUGAAUGUUUCGGAGGAAUUGACUUCCAACGGCACGGAUCCUAUUUUAAAAGACGACGGUGAUAUUUUUGGUGACAGUUCUAGUCCGACGAAGUAUUCCAAUACAUUUGUUAAGGUAGAUUUAGGAGCCUUGGAAUUUGACCGAAAUACUGAAGUCUCUGUGAAUUCCGACAACUGUGAGAGGGUCGUCGUUGACGGCGGCGUGCCAGAAUGGGUAGAACGACUGACUCUGACCAGCAGCGAGGGCAGCAUUGCCCUCCAAAAGGGGUGGGCCACUGGUGCAAACAAUCUGAAAAAACUCUGGCUUCGUGUCUCCAAAGGGUUAAUCAUUGAUGUGGAUAAUGUGGAUGGAGAAACCCACCAAGAUGGCGGAGGCGGCUUUGACGGAGAUGGCGAAAAUAUGAAUGGGAUUCAGAAUCUGUGUGGCGUUUUGCCUCCUACCCUCGAAGUACUAGACGUAUAUCAAACGCCCCUGGAAGUACUGAAACUGGAUGCUGUGUGUUCCAAUAGGUUAACCCGUCUAGAAGCAUCCCACUCCCAUCUCAAUACCGUAUCCCUGUGCACUCCCUACCUGGUUAGCCUUCACCUGUCAAGAAAUUUCCUAGAGGGGGAUCUCAACUGGAUGAGCUGCAAAGGAGGACUCGCUGCUGUGGAAUACCUCCAGGUGAAUCAAAAUCUCCUGACGGAGGCAUCGACUUGCAACUGGUUUUCGCUACAGAGGCUGGAUUUGCGGCACAAUUCUCUGACCUCGCUGGACUUAUCGGAGUGCUCCUCCUCUAAUUUAACCUAUGUGAUAGCCUCGCACAACCGGUUGGUCACUCCUCCCAUUUUACCAGAUGCUCUUCUGCACCUUGACCUGAGCCACAACCAGCUGGAAACCCUUCCCAUGAUCACGCCGAUGCUCAAUUUCGCCGAUUUCUCUCGCAAUAACAUCAUCACCAUUGGGAAAGGUCGGUUCAAGAGGGCCCGGAAGCUCGUUCACCUCAGCUUAGCUUUCAACCACAUCACGCAUCUUAAAGAGCACGACCUGAACGGACUUCGGGAGCUGCGAACGCUGGACGUGAGCCACAACCGCUUGAGGGAGGUGGCGGGAACGUCCUUGAUGUCGCUCAGGCACCUGCGCGAGCUGCGCCUCCACCACAACCACCUGAGCACCCUGGACUCCAGAGACUUGGCGGCACUCACGCCCCACGUGCACGCGUCCUUCAAUCACAACCCGUGGCACUGCGUGUGCCAGCUUCUGAGCUCUUUGCAGCGCCUUCAGCACUGCCCAGAUUGCAAACCUCCGGCUACUUCUGUUGCAUGUCGAGAACGUGGUAAUUGGGUGGCUGCUGGUCCAUUUCUGCGCACCUGCCUGCACGCUGUACAAGAAGUGACUCAGAGGCUGAAUAAAGAGUCCGACGAGGAUUUGUCUGAGGAGCAACGUGACGAACAGGGUGUAGGAGACAAUGACAGCAAUAAGGGUGCUGUGGUUGCUGUGCCAGUUCUCCUGAUUUUGAUUGUGAUCGGCGCUGUUGUGGCCACAAGUUACAGACUCUACCAUCGCCACAAGCGCACCAUCUCAGCCAGGCUAGAUCCUAUCCGGAAUCGCUGCCGGUUCUGUGGCUUGUGUGGAUGUUCACCCACAGCCAUGAAUAAUGGUGAUUUGAAUCAUCGUGGACACGGAGAGCUAUCCCAGAUUGAACAUGACUCUGAUACUGAAACAGAGCUUUAAUGGGACGUUCUUGAUAUAAAUAUACUGUAUUGACUAUUGUAACUAAUUAAAAAACUUAAUUAAAAAACUUUCCGGUGAUAAUCUGAUCUCAGAUUUUGUAGUGAAAGAAUAGUGAAGAUUAGAAUUUUGUUAUACUUGGUUUACAUAGUAUACUUCAAGAUAAACAAGUGCUAGUCACAUUCAGAGCAUUAAUGAUAUAUAAAAAUGUGCACAGCAGUUGCUCAAGUGAUACUAGAAGUUACAGAAACAGAAAUGCAUAUGAUGGUGACUUGUAAUGCUGUAUAGAUGUGUUGUAACAAAAAUGGCAUUAGACAUUUUUGGGGUAUAUUGGAUUUUAACAUUAGAAAUGGAAAAUAUGCAUACACAGGUAUACAAGGAAAUAAAAUUGUGAUGAAAAGCGUAAUAACCCAUAUAGUGUUCCUAUAAAGAGAAACUGUUGUCAGGAAUAAUUAAGAAGAUUAAUCCAUACGUAGGAGACGUUGCUAUUGUUUUGAGAUGUGUAAUAUAUAUAAUUCUUGACAACUUAUCAAACUUGAGUCUUAUAAAUCUAUAAUGUGCUCUUAAUUUUCUUUCCCUUCAUAUUAUACUUCAGUCAUCUAUUUUAUUAAAAAAGUAGGAAUAUUUAUGCAAUUUUGCAGUGGCUAUGGUGUCAGGGGAAAAUACUUUUAAGAUUGCGUUGUGUCAUCGCAGCACUUUACAUUUGUAAAUAAGUCUCUUCCUCAUUUCCUCUUGCUCUUUGUUGCAAUUUCAUAUAUACUGCACUGCAUAUUUAAACUAAAAUGCAUCCAAUUCUUAACUUUCUCCGGCCAGUUGAUAUUGUUACCUGUAUUUCAGUCCUUAUGAAUUUUUUUUUCACUGAUUUUGGAAUUGUUUUGCUGUAUAGGUAUAAUGAAAUGAACAUAUACAGGUAUAAUGAAAUGAACUGUAGGCAUUAAUUGUACGUGGUGGUUAAAAAGUUGGGGUCAUUUAAUACUCUAUAUGUAUUCCAAUAUUUUAAUAUUCAGAUUCGAUACCUGCUGUAACUACUACACAGUACUGCAGCAUUUGAUCAAAGCAUUUGUGAAAAGUCUGCAUGACUGACCAUGUAUAGACUGAUGUUGCAUAAUGUUCUCUAUACUUGUCCAACUGAAAUACAGGUGUGGCUUUAAAUCCCACAUUUUUUCCAGUGCAUCAUAUGGUCGUCUGUGUUAUCCAUGGUCUCAUGUUUGGUUACCCUGUUACCUUUCUUAUUUUUCCAUUGACUCCUGCCAUGCACUUUAAAGACAUUUUUGUUUUCAGGGAAUUUCUUACUAUACAUGAAAGUGAAUUAUUUAAAUUUCUGGUUAUUGAAAUAAUUGUCAGUGAAAAUUAUCCUUUUCCUUUUGUAUUAGGAAAUUCCUAAUUUAUUUUAAAAUGAAUUACAGAAAAUGGGUAAUUUUUGUCAUUAUUACACUUAUGCAUUUUAGUUUGCAUCUUACCCAGAAUUCUUCCUCUUAAUAUGUUUUAUGUUACUGUAUUCACAAAAGUUUAGAUAUAGCAGCAAAAUUUUUGUCCAAGAUGUGUCAGAUGGUUACCAAAGGGACCUCUCCUUUCAUUCUGUUAUAGGUUCAAUUCCUGUUGUUUGUAAGCUGUACGCCAUUCCUCUCCAGUAAUAUGUUUAUACCCUUUUGAUCUUGGAUCAGUGAUCAGAUCAAUUUUAAGUAAUGUUAAUAAACCAUAUAGUAAGAACAAAUGGUAAUGAUAAUUUAGCUGUGCCGUAAUAUUUUCUCAUGGAAAAUAGAGCGUUGGAUAGUUGAUUUCUUUGCUUCUCCAGUCUGCGUGGUUUUUUCCUAGCUUAUCUUCCUUCUUUUACUCCAUGUUUCAUGUUCAUAUUUUCCACCGAUUCUUCACCAAGAACCAUCUUUUCUGAGAUGCUGAAGUGCAACCACACAGGGUGUAAUAUUUAUUAAUAUGUUUGUUAGGGUUACCUAGAGAUGAAUGUCAUGCAAAGGUUAAUGGCUAUGGUGAAUCUUUGUAAAUUUGUUCAAUCAUUGUAAUGAAUGGUUUAUGUUAGUUGCAAUUAGUAAGUACUAUUGUACGUACAGUACUGUACGUACUUUUGCAACUUCAGAUUGACUUUUAUUUUUCUGAAUGUACUAGAAGGAAUUGUGCACCGCUGCUGUUGAUCACUAUAUACAGCAUUCAGGUAAAAAAAAAAAAUAAGUUUCACACUGUGUAUAAUAAUGCAAGCUUUAUAUUGACACAAAUGAGCAUUUGAUCAUGUUAGGAACAUGUUUCUCAACUCAAGAAAAGUUUUUAUAAAAUGAAACGCCUUUUACUGUUCUUACAUACUGUAUUUGUAUGCCGAUGUCUGUGCUUUUUUUUUUUAGCUCUUAAGAAUUAUUUUCAUUCUAGGUAAUUUGCACCAAGAGAAUUUGUGGAUGUCACAUGAGAUAAUAAUUUAGUACAGUGUCAUAUGAACACUUUUUAUUCCCAUAUUAACCCAUAAUUGUAUUGUAUUUGGGUAAUAUUUUAUUAUUCAUUGUAUUAUUACAAUAUGGCAUAAAAAUGAUGUACUAUGUACCAUAUCAGUGCAAAAAUAUAUUGUGUGAUUUGUUUA